AUGUUCUAUAUUGUUGUUAAUGAGUAUGUGCGGAAGGACGACAUGGUACAAUGGUUAAUGAUUAUUCUUGUUUAUGACUUUGCUAUUCUUCAAUUAUCUUUAAGUGAAGUAACGCUUUCCUUACGCUUACUUCAUUAUAAAAAUCCAAGUGGUUUAACAUAUGAAAAUCAUCCAUGUGAUACAAAACUCGAACAUGAUAUCAAUAGAGAUGGCCGAUGUGAUACUGCAAUUUUAUUUUGUCUAGUACGAUUACCAUUUCAAAAUCCACAUAAUUGUACAUUAGGCGAUCAUUUUACGGGUUUUGUUGGUGGUAAUGAUAUCCAAUUUAUUGAUAUCGAUAAAAAGCAAGAAGAUCGAUCGGCUAUUCAACCACGAUCAUCAUCGUUUGUGUCUCUUUGGUAUCAACCAAUAAUUCAUUUUCGAUUUAAAUAUCCAAAAACAGGUAUCGGUUUAAUUGUAGAAGUGCUUGAUAUUGAUGAUGUUAAUAAUCGUACAAUUCAUGAUUCAAUUGAUUUUUAUGGAAGAACAUUGCUCGAUCUUAAAAUUUAUAAAUCAGCAGAAACAGCAGAAAUGCAAAGAAUUUCCUUGCGUAGUUUGUUUGGUGCUUAUACGAAUUUAACAGCAGAUAUUUCGCUUUAUUGUUCGCCAAAUUAUUAUGGUAAUAAUUGUGAAAUAGUUUGUAUACCAAAUGAGCAACGCUAUGAUUGUGAUCUGGUUACGGGUCAAAAGAUUUGCAAACAUGGCUAUUUUGGAGCAGACUGUCUUAGUGAUGUGCCUGCUUGUGAAGAGGAGCCAUGUUUAAAUAAUGGAACAUGUGUUGUAUAUCUACGAAGUUAUCUGUGUCGAUGUUCAAAAGGAUAUAGUGGGCGAACUUGUGAGAUCGGCCCAACAGGGAAAAUUGCUGAGCAGAUCUGUAAUCGAAUAAAUUGUGUUCAUGGUGAUUGUUCAGAAAAUGGAAAAUGUAUUUGUCAUGACGGUUGGACAUUGGAAUAUUGCAAUCAAAGUUCGCUAAUGGAAGAAUCUGGUUGUGCGAGUCGUCCCUGUCUACAUAAUGCAACAUGUGAAAUAUUAAUUGGUGUUAAUCCAGUGUCGGCUUAUCGCUGUCAUUGUCGAUCAGGUUACACUGGUCGGAAUUGUGAAGUUGCUAUCAUUACUUCAUGUGAACGAAUAUCAUGUGUUCAUGGUAGAUGUUAUAAAAUUGAUUUAUAUUCAGAAAUUUGCAAAUGUGAAAAUAAUUGGGGUGGAAUUGAUUGUUCUCAAUCUUUAUCUAUUUCAUCAACUACUCAAAAAGUCUUCCUACAAACAUCAAAGACAACGAAAAAAAUUGUUCAAAUAACAACACCGACAAAAGACAUAAAAAAUAUAACUAAUAUACCUUCAAAAACUGAUCUACAUGAAUAUCUCAUUUGGUUAAAUCAAAAUUAUGGUAUAAGUAAAACGACAAGAUUAUUUCCACUACCUGUUACAACACCGAUAAUAUUGGAUGAACACAAAUAUACACCAUGUUUAAGUGCACCAUGUCUUCAUGAUGCAACUUGUAUUGUUAAAUCUGAACAUUUAUUCGAAUGUAUUUGUCCACCUUCAUAUAUUGGAACUGUGUGUGAAAUUGAACAAAAUCCAUGCGAAAGUUCACCGUGUCAACAUCAUAGUAUUUGUGUAACAAAACUUAAUCGUACUAUUCAAUGUCUUUGUCGACCUCAUUAUACAGGCAAAUUUUGUGAAUAUCCAGUACCUUUUCCACUAUUACCAUUCAAUCAAAAAUGUACUCGACCUUGUCGCAAUGGUGGUAUUUGUCUGAUUGAUGAAUCUAAUCGAGAACAAUGCAUAUGUAAAGCAUCGCAUACUGGAUCAUACUGUGAAUUAAUUAAAAAGAACUGUUCUACUAGUAAUGAUCCUUCCUGCCAUAUGAAUCCAUGUCUAUCAAAUCCGUGCUUAUCAAAUGGUACAUGCCGUUCAUCAAUAUCUGCAAAAAAUUACACAUGUUCAUGUCUUUCACAAUAUACAGGUGACUAUUGUGAAUCAGAAAUCAAUUUGGAUCCAACACUUGCUCUACUACGUAAUACUAAUUUAAAGCAAGCUGACAAUACAACAACUGAUCUUUGGCCAUUAGCUAUUAUAUUUGGUUAUAUAUUUUCAUUGAUGUUAGUUUUUAUCAUCAUUUGGUUUUUAUGGUAUGGUUUGACAAUACGACCGCAAUCAUAUAUUCCAUAUGGAGAACGUUCUAGUGAUCGUUAUCAACCAUAUCGCUUAGGUGUUAGUAAUCCACUUUUUUUUACAAAUCAAGAAUAUAAUACACCAAUAUCAAAAACGUGGUCAACACCAGCAACAACAAUAUCAAAUCUUGAUCAAUGGACACGAACAAUAACCCGUUAA